GUUGCAAUGUACCGAUAUGGUUCAAUCAAAUUUGUUGUCCUGCACGAUUGAGUAGCUGAUCUUCGGCAGCACCGAGAUUGGGAUACGAGACUAGAUGUGGGGCUUGAGUGCGCUCUUGUGAUUUCUUGCUUCUUUGGGCUGAGGGAUUGUCGGACGCUGCGCUGGAUAUGCUGGGUACUCGUAUUGUUCCGCGGAGCGGGGUGGGGAUUGGGGAGAGUUUAAAGAGGGGGAGGAAUCCAUCUGAAUCGAGUUUCGCUUUUUGCGAUACCGAUAGCUUCCAGCAGCUUUCCUUAAAGCAUUGCAUUCAUUAUGUUCUACCAGUCUCUCUUACAGUCUUUACUCUUCUCCCCCUUCCUCCCCUUCCUCCUCCUAUCAUCCCCUGCAGUAACCACUGCCGAAAAACUCGAUGAGGCAGCUUUCAAGCUCAAAGAGUCCGGGUACAAUUCCCACAUAGCCACCCUCUCCCAGCUCCUUCCUGGGGCCAGUGUCCUCGAUGUUCUCGCCGCAACGAACCACGACAUGGUGGCCGAGGAGGUGCAUGCAGUCGGUAUGAGCUACAAAGCCACGCGCUGGGAGAACUCUGCCUCCUUCAACGACUUCGGCACGACCUCCUGGUACCCGCAAGGCGUAAGCACCUCCGCCGAUGCGUACGAUGUCGGCACGUACGAAGGCAAGCGUGUAACACUGGUAAGCUGGUACGAUAAUCGCGAUGUCCCCGCCGCGGAGAAUAAGGGCGUUCGGAUCGCCUUUGUGGAUAGGGAUAAGAGCCCUGAUGCCUACCGCUACGUGCUGCUUGUGGAGCCGUAUUUGAAUGCCGGGACGGCGGAUUUUAGGGCUGUGAAUGUACAUGCGGGGGGUAUCGCCUGGUACGGGAACUCGUUGUAUAUCGUCGAUACGAAUAAGGGCUUUAGGGUGUUUGAUCUUACGCAGAUUUGGAAGGUUGAGACGGGCGAUGGGAUCGGAAGGAAAUCUAGUGGGGGGUUCUCAGCCGCGAAUUAUGCUUAUGUUUUGCCGCAGAGCCGAACCUACACCCAAACCAACCCCCCCACCCCAAGCGUUCGCUUCUCCUUCGUUUCUCUGGACCGCACAACAACACCGGACAGCCUCCUCGUCGGUGAGUACCAACCCGCCUCAGACACUGGACCCCGCCGCUUCAUCCGCUGGAGCAUCGACUACACCAACCGCCAAUUAAUCACCGACUCUGCCGGCGUCGCCACCGCCACUUGGGCGUAUGAAGUCAACAUCGACCGCAUGCAGGGUGUCAACUCCGUCAACGGCAAGUUCUACAUCUCCAGGAGCAAUGGCAGGUCGAAUGGUGAUUUCAUUUCUUGGGUUCCUGGAAGCACUGCUAAAAUUGCCGCUAAUGCGGUGCCGGAGGGGCCGGAGGAUCUGAGUUAUGACAAAACCACUGGGCUAAUGUACACCGUUACCGAGGCUGUUAAUGGGAGGUAUAUUUUGCCGUUUGAUCCCAAGAUUUUGCCGUAGAUUGUGGGUUUGUGAGGUGGUAGAUGGGCGAUGUACGAUAUUAUGUGUUGGAUUAAUGAUACGGGAAUUGAUAUUGUAA